GUGUACUAAUAUCUAAUCUGUGGACCCAAACACACCGAUAGGAAACUAUGGGUCCUAAAAACAGCGCCGUUUAGCGGAAGUUUGCGUGCUAAAACACAAAAAAAAGAAAACGAAAACUACAAAGAUUCAAAAAGUUCUUAAUCAGAAGCAAACAAAAACCACUUCUGACAAUUGAUAAAGAAGCGAGAAAAAAAAACAAAACUCCUAUCUUCGUUUUAUGUGAUGUCUUCACGAGAGUGACUUCUCAAUUCAUUCACACUCUUUCCAGUUUUUUUUUUCUUUCUUUCAAUUUUUUUUUUUGGUAAAAUUCUUUCAAUUUCUGCAAACUAUUGCUGUUUCCCUAAAAAAAACCAGUUUUUAGUUGUUCAAGAUGGUUCCUACAACUUAAACCAUCAUUGAAUUUAAUGUUUUUUUUUUCUGGAUUUGAUUCUAAAUUGCAAAGAAGGAUUAUUUGGUUGAGCUAUGGUGUGAAAUGAUGGCAGCAGGAGAAGCAAGAGCAGUGUGGCAAAGAAAAGUUAGCCGUUACUUAGUCCAAGAAGACGCUAAAAGAGCUCCCAAGUUCACCUCUUCCCACUCUUCUUCUUCUUCUUCAACCAAACAGGUUGAAGAAGAUUUUGUCUCUUCUCCUCCUUCUGUUGUUCAUCCUCAGAACCAAUCACCUUGUGCACCUUUCAUGCCUCUGUUUCAGCCAAACCAGAAGGCCCAAGUGAAGACGCCAAUGGAGGCUGGGGUUGAUAAACAUGAACUGGGAGCAAAGUCUUUCAAGCCUGAAAGCUUUCAAGAGUUAAUAGAGACAAGAGAGAGUUAUGGUUCUUUUGGGAAAGAUGAAUCUUCUGAGAAACAUUUCGAUCCCACCUCUCCAUGGAAUCCUCUCUCGAGCGAGAAAGCUGGACCCUGGUGGCGAACUACAGACAAAGAUGAGUUAGCUUCCUUGGUUGCACAAAGGUCUCUACACUUUGUUGAGAAUUGUGAUCUACCGACACCACAGAAGAUGAAACGCUCUUAUUAUCAUGGUAGUAGUCCACACGAGCACUGGCCAAGCAGCCGCAAGAAGAGAACCGAGGAGGCUUCCUCUGAGUCCGAUUUGAGCAAAUCAGAGCUGCUAGAAGCCCUGAGGCGUUCUCAGACAAGAGCUAGGGAAGCUAAAAACAUGGCUAAAGAAGCAUGCGCAGGGAAAGCGUAAACGUCAGUUAUCCUUAUGAGAGCAUCUUUACACAUAAAGUCCCUAGCUUUGUACAUUUCGAGAUUGAGCAUUACCGAGAACAUUCUGAG